AUGACUUUCUCGAAGAUUGUUUCCUUUGGUGUGGAAUAUGUCCCUGAAUGUAGUAUCACAAAAUGGAUAUCAAAGAGAACUGGUUUACAAUUAAUCCAUAUUGAUCAUAAAUCUUCUCCACUGAUUCAAGGUUUUUUUGCUUUGGCUACAGAAUGUCCAAAUGAUUCAGGAGCUCCACAUACUUUAGAACAUUUGAUUUUUAUGGGAUCUGAAAAAUAUCCAUACAAAGGAUUUUUAGAUACAGCUGGUAAUCUUUGUAUGUCCUCUACUAAUGCAUGGACAGCUACCGAUCAUACCGCUUAUACUUUGACUACUGCUGGUUGGAAAGGGUUCUCCAAAUUGCUUCCUGUAUACUUAGAUCAUGUUUUGAAUCCAACAUUGGCAGAUGCUGCAUGUACAACUGAAGUCUAUCACAUUGAUCCAGAUGAUUUAACUGAUAAAGGUGUAGUGUACAGCGAAAUGGAUGCUAUUGAAUCUCAAAGUUGGUUUGUAACUAAUUUAGCAAUGCAAAGAUUACUAUAUCCUCAAGGUAGCGGGUAUAGAUCGGAGACUGGUGGACUUACAGAGCAGUUGAGAAACCUUACAAAUAAACAAAUCCAACAAUUUCAUAGGGAUUUAUAUUCAAGUGACAAUCUAUGUCUUAUCAUUAUUGGUAAUUUACCUCAGAAUGAAUUGCUAAGUACUGUUACUGAAUGGGAUAGUACAUUACCUGAAAGAAGUCGAAAGGAUAGAAUUAGACCAUUUAUUGACAAUAAAUAUUCACAGAUCCCGGAAUCAAAUUCUCAUGUUAAAGAAGUUAAAAUUGAAUUUCCUGAAUUAGAUGAAACUCAGGGUGAAAUCUUGAUGACAUGGAUAGGUGAAUCUUAUCUAAAUGUAACAAAUGAUUUGGCUAUUACGAUUUUAAUGGAAUACUUCACAGAGACUGAAUUGGCACCAUUUGUAAAGGAAAUUGUAGAGAUUGAUGAUCCAUUAGCCACUUCCAUUGACUUUUGGACUGAUGAUUAUAUAAGAACCAUGGUUAACCUUUCCAUUCAUGGUGUCCCGACUAAAAGGCUAGAAGAAACACGUGACAAAAUUUUAAACAUUUUAUCUAGUCAUACCAUUGAUAUUAAUAGAAUGAAACAGGUUAUUGAUAAUUCUAAGUGGGAUUAUAUUAUCAGAAAUGAGAAAACACCGGAAAAUACUUUGGUGACAACCUGUAUUACUGAUUUUUUAUAUGGUGAUGACACUGGGAAAUCACUAACUGCUAGUCUUGCCAAUUUGAAUGAUUUUACUAAAUUAAAUCAAUGGACUCAAGAAAAAUGGCAAUCAUUGUUGACACACGUAUUUGUAAAUAAUAAACCAGGGAUAGUUCUAGGUAUCCCAAGUGCAAAAUUAUAUGAAAAAAUUGACAACGACAAUGAAAUGUUAGUAACUACUAGAAAGAAUGAAUUUUCGCAAGAAAUGAAAGCUAUAUUAUUAGAAAAUUUGACAAAUGCCAAAAAACAAAAUAGCCAACCAAUUCCUAAGGAACUAUUAGAAACUUUUGAAAUGUCAAAUCCAGCAGAAACAGUCUCCUUCACAAAGACACAUAGUAUUACACCUAUCAAAAAUUUUGAAUUAAAUAAGGAUAAUACUGAUGGAUUAACCAGAGAACUAAUUUCUUUGAAACCAAAUGAUUUUCCAUUCUUCAUUCACUUGGAACACUUUCCUGCUCAAUUCAUUGAAUUUCAUUGUUUAUUGAACUCAACUGUUAUUAAAGAUACAGUACUCUCACCAUAUUAUCAUGUAUUUGAUAGACUUUUUUCUAUGCCAAUGAAGUUGGAGAAUGGCACUGUCAUUCCUUAUGAAACUGUUGUAUCCAAGUUGAAAGAUGAAACAAUAGACUCUCAGAUUUCCUUGGGUAUCAAGGGAGUUUUCCCAGAUUUAAUCGAUAUUAGAAUUAGAUGUAAAACAGAUCAUUAUGUGAAGGCAGUCAAUUGGGUAAAAUAUGUUCUUUAUGAUAUGGUCUUUGAUGAAACUCGUGUUAGCAUCCUAUUGGAAAACUAUUUAAAUUCUAUUGUUGAGUUAAAGAGAGAGGGUGAUGUUAUGUUAGCAUCUUUAACAAAUAGAUCAUUAUACAAAGAAAGAAGUGUAAAGAAAUCUGUGGACCCAUUAUAUGUUGAGGAUAUUAUAGUCAAUAUCCUGGAAGAUAUUAAAAAUGGUAAAUUUGAUUCUGUAGUGUCUCCAAAACUUGAAAUUAUGAGAAAUGAAUUGAGACAACACUUUGACAGAUUUCAUUUGUUAAUUCUGGGUGAUAUGGAAAAAAUAAAGUCGGAUUUGUACACUGCAUGGAUGCCACUUGUUAAUUCCAAUAAGGAUUUUAAGACUCAUAAUUGUUCAAGUGUACCACCAGUCCCUAAGCCAUUAUCAAUGGUUUCUGAUUUAUGUAAAAGCCUAAAAGGUAAAGCAUACAUUAUAACUACACCUGCUUCUGAAUCAUCUUAUAUGAAUACGUUUACAAAUGUUAAGUUUGAUAUGAAUUAUAAUCAUCCAGACUAUGUUGCAGUUUCCUUAGCUUCAGAGUAUUUACAAUGUGUCGAAGGUCCAUUUUGGAGUGGUAUUAGAGGUGCGGGUCUAGCAUAUGGGGCUAAUAUGAUAAAGCAAGUGGAAAUAAACGCAUGGGGGUUUAAUAUUUACCGUGGUUCUGAUAUAGUCAAAUGUUAUCAAGUUGCUAAGGAUAUAGUAGAAAAUUACGCCAAUGGUACUGAACCUAUUGAUAGUCAAAUGAUUAAAGCCAGUAUUAGCUCUAUUAUUAAUUCAGUAGCAUCUCUGAAAAAUGGUUAUUUUGCUACUGGUGUGUCUAAUUUCACUGAUAAAUUCAUCUUAAAAAGAGGGGCUGAUUUCACUCAAGACUAUCUAAAGAGACUUGAACAAGUAACAAUUGAAGAUUUACAAAAAGCCAUUAAAAAAUAUUUAGUUAAUCUGUUUGAUAGUGAUAAAAGUGCAGUGUUCAUAAGUUGUAACCCCUCAAAACUAGAUGUUAUUCAAGAAUUCUUUGAAAGUCAAGGUUUUGAUAUUGAGGUUGAAGAGUUGGAAGAUGACGAAGAAAGUGAGGAGGAGGAGGAAGAACAAGACGAAGAAACAAAGUUUUAA